AACUAGCAUCGCUAAGUCGGAUGUGAAAAAGUCGCUGGAGUUCUCCAUCGCCUCCAAGUGGUCCCUCGGUGGCGUUGCUGUCGAACUGAGCGGCUGCAUCAAGAAGUGUUGGUCUUCCUGCUAUCCAUGUACUUUCGGGACCUCACUUACAGACGCGGCUAACCCUCAUACCAGCUGGCUCCAGUCUCCGCGGAUACAUCAAGACGCUGACAAUGGACGACAUCCGGAAGCUCUUCAAUACAAUGACCGGAUCCCAUCUUGAUCCCGUCGAACAGGACGUACGAUUCAGCGAGUUGACCGUCGAGAUAUCGCAGGGACGCCUGAUGCUGUAUGGCGAGGUCUGGGUCGACUCAUACAAAGUUGCCGCCGCCAAAGUCCUCAUCUCGGUCGAUGGCGUCAUGAUCUCAGGAGCUGUCGACGAUCUUCACAUUGGCGAAGAGGUCUGUGUCAAGCAAGCCCGACUGGAGCUGAUCAUCGGCGACGUCAGUAGGCCGAAGGAACCUACCGGCAUUCCCAGCCGACCCCAGGGCAACGACCCGAACACGGGCACCGAGGACACGCAGACUACUCCAGAGAGCCGCCAAGGAGCCAAGAAUGAAGUUGUCCAGCAGAAGGCUACCGGCUCAACCAAAUCCGCGGAGCAAAAAGGAAAGAAGAAAGGCACGCCUGUCGCCGCCAUUAUCCGAGGAGAGGUCGAUGUCCACACCGACACGUUCAAUCUCAAGUUCAACGUGGCGGCGGCUAUCUCCAAGACCGCAGACGGCCCGCUGAGCUAUUUCGUGUAUGGACAGCUCGACUGCGAGAGCUUGAGCAUUGGCAAGAUGGUGGGCGAUGCAAUGGAAGACGGGCACCCCAUGGACCUGCAGUUGGACCGAGUCACGCUGGUGGCUGCCAGCCAUGACAUCACCAACGACUAUGGCUUGAACACGGCGCGGUUCCCCAUCAAGGAAGGUAACUACGUGAAAUUGGGCCCCCCACUUUCCACGGCUGGCUUUGUACUGAUCGUUGACGCUCGCUGUAGGAAUCUUCCUCUGCGCCGAGCUCAAGUCGGUUCCCUUUGUGGGCGAGCUGUGCAAGGGCUCGACGCCGGGGGACAGAUAUAUCCUUCGCGCUGGAUACUCGCAGAAGGGCGGGCUCAGCAUCGGUAUUAUCCUUCCAGAAAGUAUCCGGGUGAGUGGCUGGUGACUUCGAGCCCUUAUUAGCAUUCUGUGAGCACACACAAUAAUCAUGGCUGACUUGAGCCCCUGUUUCUUCUCCCAGAUUGAGUUGUCGCCAACGGUGGUCUCGGGGCCUCUGACUCUGAUCGUCGAAACGAAACCUGACCUCAAGAUCGUGUUUGAUGCGACGCUCUGGGUCACCCCCGACGGCGAAGAGAAACCAUUGCAAC